CGUGUCUUCUCCCCGCAGCCGCCCCCGAGGGCAGCGUGGCCGGCGACUCUGCCUUCAGCCGCGCGCCGCGCUGUGCGCAGGUGGAGCGGGCUCAGCACUGCAGCUGCGAGGCCGGAUUCCACCUGAGCGGCGCCGCCGGCGACAGCGUCUGCGAGGAUGUGAACGAGUGUGAGCUCUACGGGCAGGAGGGGCGCCCCCGGCUCUGCAUGCACACCUGCGUGAACACCCCGGGUUCUUACCGUUGCACCUGCCCCAGCGGAUACCUAACCCUGGCCGACGGGAAGAGCUGUGAGGAUGUAGAUGAAUGUGUGGGCCUGCAGCCGGUGUGCCCCCAGGGGACCACGUGCAUCAACACCGGUGGAAGCUUCCAGUGUGUCAGCCCUGAGUGCCCCGAGGGCAGCGGCAAUGUGAGCUACGUGAAGACGUCUCCAUUCCAGUGUGAGCGGAACCCCUGCCCUAUGGACAGCAGGCCCUGCCGCCAUCUGCCCAAGACCAUCUCCUUCCAUUACCUAUCUCUGCCUUCCAACCUGAAGACGCCCAUCACGCUCUUCCGCAUGGCCACCGCCUCUGCCCCCGGCCGAGCUGGGCCCAACAGCCUGCGCUUUGGGAUCGUGGGUGGCAACAGCCGCGGCCACUUUGUGAUGCAGCGCUCAGACCGGCAGACUGGGGAGCUCAUCCUCGUGCAGACCCUGGCGGGGCCUCAGACGCUGGAGGUGGACGUCGACAUGUCGGAAUACCUGGACCGCUCCUUCCAGGCCAACCACGUGUCCAAGGUCACCAUUUUUGUAUCCCCCUAUGACUUCUGAGGGUACACAGGAGCACCGGGGUGUGGAGAUCUGACCUCAUUUCUCUUCCCCGAAGGCUCAGCUUGGGGCCCUGAGUGCGUGGACCCUCCCGCCUGCUCCCGCCCUCUCGCCAGUGCACCCAGGCUUCUAGGCCGGCGUUGCACGGUGUCCCAUGGAAUAGCACAGAAGAGCAGCCGCAAAACUCAACCUGCUGCCAUCACAUUUUUUUUUUUUUUUCCUGCUUUGAGGCCCUUCCCUUAGAUUAUGCACUAACUUUCUUAAACCUUUUUCAUUCAGGGGAUGGGUGGCUCUCCAAAAUGCUGUGCAAAUGGCCUUGUGAGUUUGAACUGCUGGGGAGAGAAAAGCUGGCAAUGUGUGUCGGAUGACUAUCAGCCCUUCUGCAUUUUUAUAGCCAGGCUUGCUAUGAAUGAGGCCCUUCUAGUCGUGCGGGGGGCCUAGUCAUGCCUCUGCGUAUGUAGCAUAAGAAGUGGAGUCUCCUCCCAUGACCCACAGCACGUUGUUCUUACCUGCCUUUUCCUCUGUGACAUGCCUGCCUGCCUUCUCAUCAGAGAGCCACAGGAGGGCCUUAAACCCCACGCAGAUCCUUCUAGACCAAGGACCCAUUGUUAAAAGCAUGGAUUCUGCCUGAGUUACUUCCCUUUUGAGAAAUCAUAUCUCAAAUACAUAACCUGGUAAUAUAACUGGAAAAAUAAAAGCAAUUGCUCCUUCCUGCCCGCC